GUCCCAAGCGGAGCCAUGGAGUCAGGCCACAGCAGAGAACGAGAGGCUAAGGAGUAUUUGGAAAAACAUAAAAUCAUGGAGUUGCUGACCUUGCUCACCAGUACACUGCUCUUUUUCCGGCCUGAAAAACCAAGAGAAUUUUUAGUAACGAUGUUGGAAAGAAUGAGACUUGCCAAAGUGACAGGAGUGACUUUUCCUUUCUUUAUGGAUGCCACUAACAUCGUGGCCAUGUUUGAGAUGCUGGACUCCGCUAACAAAGGCUUCAUAUCAUUUGUGCAAUAUAAAGAAGCCCUAAAAACCUUGGGUCUGUACAAUGAAAAAGAAGGUUUAAAUGAUGAUGGUCAUUUAGUAACCUUGGAGAAAUUCAAGAAGGAGGUGGACAGGCGGUUUCAAGAUUUAAUAUCAUCAUUCACUGCCACCUAAAGUCUGCAUUCCAAUAAUUAAAUGAGUCAAUCAAGUUUUCAGUUGUCCAGUCUCAUUGAUACAGAGUAUCAUAUCCAACUGGCUUCCUCUUAUUAAAAAAAAAAAGCUAAAAAGUG